UUCCUCCAUCGCAAGAGUUGAUCUUUUUCUUCGUACGAUCCGCAACGUGCAAGAAAACGAAGUAGAUUUUUCUGUCUCGUUCAUGGCUGAUCAACUCCGCGUUUCUGCGCACUCUGCAUGAUUCUCCUCUUCGCGUUUUCAAUCUCUCAAAACGCGCGAUUUUAGGGCAUUUUCCUUGAUUUUUGGAAACGGUGUUUCUGUUGAUGGCGACGACGAGGGUUACUCGCUCUAAAAGACAACCUUCUUCGAAGGAGAUCUCAGAGCAACAGUUGAAGGCUAAAUGGACGACAACUCUGAAUAAGAUACUGGUGGACAUAAUGGUUGAGCAGGUCCGUUGUGGGAACAGGAAAAAGGAUACUUUUAAUAAGAAGGGUUGGAAGUUAAUCAGUGAUAACUUUCAUAAGAGAUCCGGUUUCAAAUGGGGAGAAGAGCAAAUCAUGACUCAAUACGAUGUCCUGAAGAAAGAAUACAAUUUAACGAAAACGCUACUUGAACAAAGCGAUUUCAUCUGGGAGGAAUCGACAGGCACAAUCACUGCCAAGGAUGAAGAUUGGGAAAGAUUCAUUAAGGCAAAUCCCGAAGGUGAUAGUUUGAGGACAAAUGGAUGCCCGAUUUACAAGGAGUUAAGCACAAUAUUUUCCCAACCUCCCCCCAAGACAAAAAGAGAUUAUGCGAUGACAGUGAAGGAAGAGAUCUCUUGCCCUGAACCCCUAAACAUAAUUUGCGAUCCCUCGUCAGAAUCAGAGAAGAUGGAGCAUAUUGCUGGCAGUAGUAGUAGUCAUAAGAGAGUGCGAAGAGGAGUGGACCAUGCUAUAGCAGAAGCUAUAUCGGAAAUGGCUAUGGCUUCGAGGCAAAGAACUGCUGCGAUUGAGGAAUUGAACGGGAGGUUCUCUAUAUUGGAUUGUGUGAGGGCAUUGGACGAAAUUAAAGGGAUUGAAGAACGGACUUACUAUAUGGCAUUGGAUUUGUUUGAGAAACGCAAUCUGAGGGAGACUUUUUUGUCGCUUCAGAUGGACAAACGGUUGGCUUGGCUAUCUUCAAAGGGUUGUAAUCUGUCUUCUUCUACCACCAGAUAACUGGCAGGAAGGAAGGAAAUAUCUGGAAAAAAAUACAAAAAAAAGGUGCACUGUCCUAUUAUAUUCUAUAGUUGUACAGUUUUGCCCUAUUGGAGUGAAUUUUGUUUGUUGGUUUUAGAAUAUGUUUGGUGCUUGUUUUUGAGUUUUGACAGAUUUGAUUUAUCUUAGAAUAUACAAUAAUUAAAUAUUAUAAAUAGAUUGUGAUUGGAUUUCCA